AUGUCAGCCAAGCAGCCAGAUAUCACUCUUUACUUCCUCGAUGCAAGCCGAGCGAUCCGAAUCGCCUGGCUCUUUGAAGAGCUGGAUAUUCCGUACAAAUUGGUCACCUCGCCAAGAGCAGCCAACGGACUAGCGCCGCGAGAAUUCAAAGCCAAGAUUCCAACUCGCCUUGGAAGUAGUCCUGUUAUUCAGGAUGGAGAUCUGGUAAUCCAGGAAAGUGGUGCUAUCUUGGAGUAUCUCAUCGAGUCAUAUGACUCUGCGUCACGGCUGUUGCCUCGUGAAGCGCAUGCAAGAGCUCGCGUUCGGGAAUGGAUUCAAGCUUCUGAGGGUACUUUCAUGAUGAAUGUUGUUCCGAUUAUCAUUACCCGUAUGGGAAUGCCGAAAGAGGCUGCACAAUAUGUCCUGGAGCUGGAAGGUGUGAUUGCGCCCAGGGUGCAUGAGGCAAUGCAGUGGUUGGAAUCAGAACUUGAAUCAGGUCCUAGUAACGGCCAAUUCAUUGUCGGGACAGAUCUUACUGCCGCAGAUAUCAUGAUGGGCUUUAGCAUCGAGUGCAUUUUUGCCAUGAAGCUAGGAACGAAAAGUAACGAAUGGCCACUGAUCAGUAAAUGGCUGGCCAAUAUGAAGGAAAGGGAGGCUUAUAAGAGAGUAGUUGAGAAGACAGGCUACUCAAUGUAG